CACACUAGCUCGAUCCUCGAGCGCAUGACGUCACGUGAACUUGGGAGCUCUUUGCCCUCCCUGUCCCUGCCAAACUAUUGCACUACUGAAGUCUCGAUAUGAACACAAUCGACAGCGAAAUCGUAAAAGGCAAAGUUUUUGGAGUUUAGAGCAUUUUCAUGCUCUUUUUUUCUCUCGAGGGAAAGAGUGCCACGCUGGAAUUAUGCAGGCAGGAAAACAAGCGUAGAGAGCAAGAUUAUAACGUUAGUUAAUCUUCACAAAGAGACAAGGGUCAUAAUGAUUGCUGAGUGAUACGAAUGGACUCAUUAUGGAUCUUGGCAAUGAAGUGGACCUCUCCAAUAACAAUAUUACUCCUCUCUGGAAAAGACUGAAUGAAAAUGACAUGAAGCCCAAGCCCAGACCACUCAGUUACCAAAUAGAUGGAGUUCUCAUGACGGACUUUCCUGUGGAUGAUAGGUGUACUUUCACUCUCAAGCCGGCUGAGAAGAUUACCACCACUGCGUCAAACACUACAGUGCUGAAACACACUCUCAACAAACCUGUGAGGACGACUAGGGUUGCUCGGAGCAUCAGUAUUGGAUAUUUAUCGAAUGGACUGUUUUCGCUGUCAAAGUUCUCUAAAUUGGAUGAUGAAAAGGAUGAGGAGGCUACUUCUUCCCCUAAAACAACAUUGGCCAACAAGAAUGGGAAUGGCCUCAGUGUUUGGCGUGACAUAACAGAGCCUUUCAAACGUCUCUCCAGUCAGUUCACUCUCACCUCUCAAAGAGAUCAGAUGGGGAAUGUGUCUCCACUGCCAUGCACUGUUUCACCAAAAAAUAUUGUAUCAUCUCAGAACUUCACACGUUCACCUCCACUCCAGUUGCAGGAUGCCCAUGGGUCUCCCGUUGACUUUUGCAGCUCCCCAUCUCACAGUUCCACCUCCAGCAUCCCCUCCAUCUACUCCAACCUUAGCCUCCCCUCAGACCCCCCCACACCCCGCACCCCAUCCCCUGCUGAGAGGACAGUGGGCAUCUUGUUGCAAAGGCAGAGUUCAGAGUCACCUCAGGGUUUAGAGGGCAAGCAGCCAAUCAUACUGAGCACCCAUAGUCCCACAGCACAUAAGAUCGGGACCCAGCAGAUCAUACCUAGGGGUCUGGUCUCUGACACACGCCUCAGCAAACCCUCUCAGAUGUUUUUGGACAAUGGUAAAAGUGCCUUCCGACCACGAAGCAUGUUUGAGACUGGGUCUUCUUUCUCCACCAGUAAGGAGGAUGAUCUGGAUGGAGAUGAGAAUGCAGGACUGCUGACAAGAGGCCAGCGCUCCAAAUCGUAUCGCCGAGCAGUGGUCAGUGGUGUAGAUAUAGAUGUGCCGUCUUUAGACCCAAAGGCCAAACGAUUGUCCCAGCCUGUGCUAAAAGGAGUCGCUGAGGAGAGACUGUCUUGUGUGAGUCCUUCCAAUAGCAAAAAUGUGGAGAGGAAGAAAGGCCUCCUGACUCAGCGGACAUUUGACAGUGAGGAGGAAGAAGUUCUGUACCAGAAUUACCAAGAGAAAGCCCUUCACAAUGAUUCUGAUGAGGACACUGAACCUAAACAACCUCAGCCAGAUGAAAGCAUUGUGGUCCAGUACAAACCCAUCCGUACUUCCUGGAGUCAACUCAGUGUGGUUAAAAAAAGUGGAAAGUUUGAGAAGUUGAGUCAAGAAGAACGAAAGAGACAAGAGGCCAUAUUUGAGGUAAUUUCAUCAGAGCACAGUUACUUACACAGUCUGGAGAUCCUCGUCCGUCUCUUUAAGAACUCAAAUGAGCUCAGCGAGAUCAUUAAUAAAACGGACCAUCACCACCUCUUCUCCAACAUUGUUGACGUCUGUGAUGCCAGCAAAAAGUUCUUUAAGGAACUUAAGGAUCGGCACCAGCAGAACAUUGUAAUUAAUGACAUAAGUGACAUAGUUUUAAGGCACGCCCAGUCAAACUUUGACCCCUAUGUGACAUACUGCUCAAAUGAAGUGUACCAGCAGAGAACCCUGCAAAGGCUGCUAAAUAAAAGCCCCUCAAUUAAGGAGGUACUGACAAGGAUCGAGGCCCACCCAGACUGCCGAAAUCUUCCAAUGAUCUCCUUCCUCAUCCUUCCCAUGCAGAGAGUCACACGGCUGCCCCUGUUGAUGGAUACCAUAUGCCAGAAGACGCCCAAAGAUUCUGCCUCUUAUGAGGCAUGUAAAAAAGCUCUGCAUUUUCUCAGCAAGCUUGUGAGGAAAUGUAAUGAGGGUGCUCGUACAAUGGAAAGAACAGAAAUGUUGUACACCAUCAAUUCCCAGUUGGAGUUUAAAAUCAAGCCGUUUCCACUGGUGUCAUCCUCCCGGUGGAUGGUGAAGCGUGGUGAACUAACAGCAUUUGUAGAGGGAAAUGGCAUCUUUUCCAAAAAAACAUCUCGCCAGCAGGUCUAUUUCUUCCUCUUCAAUGAUGUCCUCAUUGUCACACGAAAGAAAGGGGAAUCCCUGCACCUCGAAUUGGCUGCCGAUCUAACGUUUGGAUGACGUCUUUUGGGAAAACCCUCCUGGUGAUUGGUUGGUUGCCUGGUUACGUAGAGUUUAGGAAAUUCUUCGGGUAGUUUUGCUAGUUUCUGAGUGUUUUUGAGUUCUGGAUGACAAGAGCAGCAUCUUGAAGUAGGUAGUUCAAGCCAUGGCAAAGGAGGAACGCGAUCUUCCAAUCGACUUGUUGCAAGGCGGCGCAUGCAUUCCUUAACAUGAUGCUUCAACUUAUCACAUGGGGCAAUAUCUUUGCAGGCUUUUGUUUAAUAAAUUCUAUAACGUGUCACACAACAUUCAAAAUACCAUCUUUUCAUUCAUUUCACAGUCUUGCAAAUUAAACAAGCAAGCAAGUCAUGGGACACGCUGUAUGGAUCCUUUGUUGGGGUCCAUUAAUUAUUGAUGAUUCAUGCGGGAUAAUUUAAUCAGCUCCUUUUUAGGAGAUAGCAGCACGGCUGACAGGAAACCGAAAAUUUGCUGCUUAAUCUUUUGUGUUGUUCAUUCACAUUGUUUCUAGAUUGUCACUGCCAAUACUUGUAGAAACAAUGUGAAUGAACACCACAACAGCUUAAUUAGCAAAUUUUGCUAAUUUGGUUGGUUUCCAACUGUGCAGGGAUUAAUAGUUUUAAUUGUGAUUAAUCGCAUGAUAUUCUGUAUUAUAUUCAUAUUCACAUUAUGUACAAAGUUAAAUAAUCAAUUAAAAAGUAGUGUACUGUGUGUACUUUUUCAUUUAAAAAUACUGCUAUAUAAACUGCUAUAAAUGGAUAAGGUGCUUUUUUACAAGCAGUAUUCCUUUGACAUAGUAACAGUAGAAAUAUUUCUUGUAAAUCUCAAUUUAUAACUCUAAUGUUGGGCUUGGUAUUGUUCAAAUCUUUAGAUCCGGUGCCAAUUUCGAUACUGGUUCCUAACAAUUCUUUUUUCGAUACCAUAUGUUUUAAAAUCCAUUUCAACAUCAACACAAACAAAACUUUUAUUUUUCACCUUUAUUAAAACAAAUUCUGGUAACACUUCACACUCAGGAUAACAUUAUUAAUACAACUGGUUGUGCUUUUUGGAUAGGGGUGCGCCAUUCAGGGGCGGACUGAGACCAAAAAGUUGCCCUGGACUUUCUGGCCCAAAGCAGCCCACCACAUCAUAACCCAAAUAACCCUGUUUUAAUGUCAUUUAUUAAUUUAAUAUUUAAGUAAACAGUUUGGGGAUUUUUACCAAUAGGGCAACUGAUCCUCUGUUGAAAAAAAAAAAAAAAAACAGCAGCUGUUCAUUUAGCGACUCCUAGUUAACGAUACAUGAUCAUCAAGACACAAACAUUCUUCUAGAACUCACAUUUUGCAUUCAAUUAGCAGAUCCAUACGAGUCAUGCAUGAAAUAGAAGUUUAUAAACUCAAACGAUAGCUUUAUGUGCUUUACAGAUGAACUUGAAGUCUUUAUUCAUUCGAGAUGUUCAAUAAUAGAUCAUCUUUGGCUCGGUAAUACAAGUACUCGGUAAUCCGAUUAGUGAACCGAUGAUUCUUUUGAGUCAAUCUUUUAAAAUAAUAAUAUAUUUUGUUUAACGAAACUAGUGUGGAAACCAGUGUUUCACAAACUGGAUAAAUCUGAGGUGCAGGGCUCGCAAAAUCGUUAGCCCCACGUCCCGGGGCUAUUGUGUUUUCCAGUCCGACGGGCUAUCGUGAAUAGUGAUGUAAAAUUCCUAACUUGAUUCGCGUUGUUCACUCACUUGAAGGGGUGAAACGGAUCGUAGCUGAUCGUUUGCACUUGUUUCUAAAUAUUGCUGAUUCAAGCGUUUUAAACAAUUUGCGCACGUUUGGAGCUUGCGCUCACUCAUUCAAAGCACACGCUGCGAGCAGCAUUUCAGACAAUGCUAACUUCUUGUAACUUCUGAAUGAACACAUACACACACAAUCAUAUCAAAAUAAUUGUCUCUGCAAGUAUUCUCGUAAACACAGUCGGUUAUGUUUAAGUGAACGUAUACAGUGGCCUGCUGCUUAGAGAAAUUCGCUGUACCGGAUAAAUCUGUCUCUCUCUCUCUCUGUUUUUUAGACGACGUGAAAGGGGGCGUGUUUCAAGAUACGCAAUGGAGUAGACCAAACUAAACAGGGAGGGAGGGCAAAACACUCAUCCAAACAAAUGCUUCAUUAACACCGGCUUUGGUUGCAAUACUCUUAUCGCAUAUGUUGCACUUUGCUGACUCGGCAUCCACUUUUAUAAAGUGUAGCCACACUUUAGACCUCUUGGCAUUGUAAAACGGAAACGUUUUGAGAAAAAACAACUACAUUGUGUGACUGGGAGUAUCUUCAGAAAAUCCUCCCCGUCACGUCGCGUGG